CCGACGUCUCAAAGUUUCUCUAGGUUCCAAUACAUUUUCCCAGUCACUAGCCAACCUAGAUCCUGAUCACCAAUGAGCUCGGCAGCAUCGUCGCCAGCUUCAACACCGGGUGCUCCCCGCGCGCUGUUGCAGACGCGCGGCACGUCCAAUGGAGGCCCCACCCGACGCCAGCGCGUGCUCUGGGACAGUGACAGCGCCACACGUGGCGGCAAAACGUCUAUCGCAAUUCUGCUUGAGUGGCUGACUGCCCCAGGCAACUACGCUCGUUGGCGGGACGGCAAGUCGCAGACAGGCGAGACGCGUGAGGCGCUAUGCUCGGAGAUCAAGAGCACCAUGCGGCAGCAUGGCAUUCACCACCGAGAGAACGCCAACAUCCGUACGCAGAUCAGCGAGCUCGAGCGCAGCUUCGACGCCGCGCGCAACUGGCUCAAGGAGAACGACUUGGACCCGUACACGUUCCGACGUGGGACGGACGUGGAUGACGAUCACGAGGUCAUCGAGGUGGAUGGAGCCCAUGGACCAGCGGAGGCACAUGUACUGCGCAUGUGUCGCUAUUACCACACGCUUAAUGAGGUGUUUGGGCAUGAUGAGGACAGAGGACUUCGACAGAGACGUCCGUAUCAUCAGAGAACCGCAACUUAUGGGGCUCCUAUGAGGAAGCGCAAACUGCCCGGAGAAGAGGAAGAAGUGCACGACGUGGAGCCCAAGAUGAUGACUGAGGCGGGGGAGGAGCAGAGGGUACUGCCUGAUAACGUACAGUUUCCUCCAGCGACAGUUGCUACCAUUGCACCAGCAGUGAGUACUGCGGUGUCGACGCCUGUAAGCGCUGCUGUGCCUGUUGCUUCGACUGCUGGAUUGGCAGGAACAUGGGCGAAUCCAGCGGCAUUGGAGAGCACGCAACGCAUGCUGGCAGAAGCGGUGCGUGAAGAGCGAGAACGCAAGCGGUUCUGUAUGGAGGAGGAGCGCAACAAACUCGAGUGUGAGAAGCUGCGUUACGAGGUGGAAACAGCCAAGUUGAAGCUUACGAUUGGUCGUGCGCUUGCGCGUAAGAAACUGCUGGACGCUGGUCUGCCAGAAGCUCAGGUGGAUGCACUGCUUCCCAAAUAACCAACACGACAUAUUUGCGGACCAAAAUAUUUUGAUACAUGUUUAAAAAUGUGCAAUCAUUUUUUCCAGCCCCAUACAACGAAAGUUACAGUGCUACCUGGUCGCGUACACGUUCACGAUAUUCGCACAACAGAUACCGAAUAUUGUUGUCACUCACAGCGACGUCCACAAGGUCGGCGGCGAUUACACCAGGUGUGAGGGACUGAUGUCAUAAAAUGUGGUUAGUGAAAACCUAUAUCAUCAACAGCUGAAAUGCAGCCAGCCACACAACAGCCAACUCACCUGAACUCGCUUCAACCUUGUGGUUUCAGGAUCGCAAAAGAGGCGCACUGAAUGGGACUUCAAAACUCGGACUUCGAGGGAAUCGUCGGCCACGUUCGUGAUCUCCAGUCCCGAAAUGGAUUCCAGGAUGCUCCUGACGUGAUCGUACCUGGACGCAACAAAAAAGAAGUUUGAAAAAAUGAUAUUCUGUUUGUGUCGCUCCCGAAACGCACCAUUGCUUCAUUUGUUGCAGCGUCAUGUAGUCCUGC